UCACCUCCAGUCCAUCGCCCAGCUAACCAAAACCGCCCCCAAAACUCUACACAAAUUGUAAAACCCUUAGUUUCCAUUUUUUCCGGCAAAUCUACAACGGCGAUGGACGCUGCUAGACUAGAGCAGCUAAAGAUAUUUAUCAGUCGGUGCAAGUCCGAUCCCUCCAUUCUCAGCGAUCCUUCACUCUCCUUCUUCCGCGACUAUCUUGAAAGCCUCGGAGCUAAACUUCCGUCAUCUGCUUACAAGAGUGAAUCGCAAUCGAAGCCUUAUGUGGUGGAAGAGGAAGAAGAUGAUUUUGAAGAACCUGAAGAAGAAGACGAUGAGAUAAUAGAAUCCGAUAUUGAAUUUGAAGGUGAGACUGUGGAGCCUGAUAAUGAUCCACCACAAAAGAUGGGAGAUUCUUCAGUGGAGGUCUCUGAAGAAAAUCGUGAUGCUUCUCAAGAUGCCAAAGCAAAGGGCAUGGAAGCAAUUUCUGAUGGUAAGCUAGAGGAAGCAAUUGAGCACCUCACUGAGGCAAUACUGCUCAACCCCACUUCUGCUAUUAUGUAUGCAACAAGAGCUUCUGUUUAUAUCAAAAUGAAGAAACCAAAUGCUGCGAUUCGAGAUGCUGAUGCUGCUCUACAGAUAAAUCCAGAUUCUGCUAAAGGCUAUAAAUCACGUGGAAUUGCACUAUCAAUGCUCGGUCAGUGGGAAAAGGCUGCAAAAGAUCUUCAUGUAGCUUCUAAUAUUGAUUUUGAUGAAGAAAUAAGUACCAUUCUCAAGAAGGUUGAACCAAAUGCACACAAGAUUGUGGAACACCGUAGGAAAUAUGAUAAGCUAAGAAAAGAAAGGGAGGACAGGAAAAUAGAACGUGAGAGGCAACGUCGCAGGGCUGAAGCCAAGGCUGCAUAUGAAAAGGCUAAAAAAGAAGAAAAAGCAUCUUCAAGUGAAAGAACCGGAGGAAUGCCAGGUGGCUUCCCAGGUGGAAUGCCAUUCCCAGGUGGCAUGCCAGGUGGGUUCCCAGGUGGCAUGCCAGGUGGAUUCCCUGGUGGCAUGCCAGGUGGAUUCCCAGGUGGAAUGCCAGGUGGAUUCCCUGGUGGUGGUAUGCCAGGUGGGUUCCCUGGUGGCGGUGCAGCAGGAGGUGGAAUGCCAGGUGGCGGUGCAGCUGGAGGUGGUAUGCCAGGUGGCAUUGACUACAGCAAGAUCUUAAAUGAUCCUGAGUUGAUGGCAGCAUUCAAAGACCCUGAAGUAAUGGCUGCUCUGCAAGAUGUGAUGAAGAAUCCAGCGAAUCUUGCAAAGCACCAAGCAAACCCAAAGGUGGCUCCACUCAUUGCUAAAAUGAUGAGCAAAUUUGGUGGGGCCAAUUAAAAACAUAGUACCAUUUAUUUACAUUAAAACGAGUGAGGUUUUUAACUAGAAAGAAAAAUGUGCAAUUUUUGAGAAGGAUGUAAGGUGAGGUACUUUCAAGACAUUCUUGUUUUCAUUUUUACUUAAACAGCAACUGGAAUUGGAAAUCUUAAACAAAGUAUUUGUAAUUUGAAG